AGAUGAUGAAACCCAUAAACUCAAUCACAAAAACAAUAUUCCAAAAAUUUAAGAAUGUCAGUAAUCCCAGAAAACCCCCAUUUUCAUCAUCAUUAAUUUUGGAAUCAAUUCCAAGGGAGAAAGUUGAUUGCUUGGUGAUUGGGGCAGGUAUAGUGGGCAUUGCAGUAGCUAAAGAGCUUAGCGUAAAUCAUGGUAGACAAGUUUUGGUUUUGGAUUCUGCCCCAAUUUUUGGAACUGGUACAAGUUCUCGUAAUAGUGAAGUUAUUCAUGCUGGCAUCUAUUACCCUACUAAUUCUCUCAAGGCAUCUUUCUGUGUUAGAGGGAAAGAAUUGCUCUACAAGUAUUGCAAAGACCACGAAAUUCCACACAAGCAGAUAGGCAAGCUAAUAGUUGCUACUGGAUUAUCAGAGGUUCCAAGAUUGAGCGCUCUCAUGAAUCGAGGAGUUCAAAAUGGGGUUGAGGGUCUGAGAAUGAUGGAGGGAUAUGAAGCUACUAUACUGGAGCCCGAAUUGCAAUGUGUUAAAGCUUUAUGGUCACCUUCCUCAGGAAUAGUGGAUAGUCAUUCCUUGAUGCUAUCAUUGGUGGGCGAAGCUGAAAGUCAUGGGACGACUUUCUCUUACAAUACUGCUGUUAUUGGUGGUCAUAUUGAAGGAAAUCAAAUUCAAAUUCAUGUUUCUGGGAGCAAUGCCAUUGCAAACUGGAAUGGGAGCUCUGAAUUGGACUCUGAACUUAUUCUUAUUCCAAAGCUUGUAGUGAAUUCUGCAGGCUUAAGCGCUCCAGCCAUUGCAAAACGAAUGAAAGGUCUACCUGACGGUAUUAUACCUGCUUCUCAUUAUGCUCGUGGUUGCUACUUCACACUUUCAAACACUAAAUCCCCUUUCAAGCAUUUGAUUUAUCCUAUACCUGAGGUUGGUGGCCUUGGAGUGCAUGUUACCUUGGAUUUGAAUGGUCAAGUCAAGUUUGGUCCUGAUGUCGAAUGGAUAGAAGGAAUUGAUGAUAUUUCAAGCUUCCUCAACAUGUUUGAUUACUCUGUGCGUGAAGACCGUGCAAAUCAAUUCUACCCAGCAAUAAGAAAAUACUACCCUAGUCUAAAGGAUAGAUCUUUGGAGCCAGGUUAUGCAGGCAUCAGACCAAAACUUUCUGGUCCAGAAGAAGGUCCUACCGAUUUUGUAGUUCAGGGAGAGGACAUUCAUGGUAUAUCUGGUUUAGUAAACCUGUUUGGGAUUGAAUCACCAGGCCUAACUUCCAGUAUGGCUAUUGCAGAACAUGUUGCUGCUAAACUACUGAAAUGAUAUGAGAUUUCUUCUGCUCGCGCUGAAGUGAUAUUUUUAUGUUGCAGUAGUUUCAGUCAGCUGUUAAGUUGGAGAACUCUAUAGACAUAAAAAUGUAUUAUCAUUGAAAUUUCACCAUCUAACAAGG